GGUGGACGGAAGUCAUUUGACCGCCACAUCUAUUCUUUCCAGACUUCGAUUUAAAAUGAGUCUUUCUGCUAAAGACAAAGCCGCUGUGAAAGGCUUUUGGGCGAAGAUCGCCCCGAAGGCUGAUGUAAUUGGGAAUGAGGCGUUGUCCAGAAUGCUCUUGGUAUACCCUCAGACCAAGACUUACUUCUCUCAUUGGAGCGACCUGGCACCCGGCUCUGCUCCGGUGAGAACCCAUGGCAAGAAGAUAAUGGGAGGACUCGGCCAGGCUGUAGAAAAAAUCGAGGAUCUUUUUGGCGGCAUGCUCACUCUCAGCGAGCUUCAUGCCUUUCAACUGAGAGUCGAUCCUGCCAACUUCAGGAUCCUGGCCCACAACAUCGUUGUGGUGUUGUCCAUGAUCUUCCCUGAUGACUUCACACCUGAGGUACACCUGGCCAUGGACAAGUUCCUCGCAAGAGUGGCACUGGCUUUGUCUGACAAAUACCGUUAAUUAGUUUGACGACGUUAAACAGUCUUAAUGAUGUUUUGUCAACUUGGUCAACAACAUGUCCUAAUAAAAGAAACUGAAGAUACUCAUAAA